GCAACGAUUACGCCAGUAAUUACCCAGAAACUCUUACAGUCAACAAUUCAGUUCCUGUGUAUAGCUUUUCUGGUCGAGGAGACUAAACAUCACUGGUCAUCUCGGAAGAGUUUGUGGGUUCGUGAUUUAGUAUAGUCAUGGUACAGUAACACGAAGAAUACCGGUGUAUGGAAGCCAUGUAAAGAUAAAUCGAAAAUAAAGAUGAAGAAUACUGAAUGGAUUCCAGUGACCAGGUUCCUUGAACAAGGAUCAUAUGUGUUGGAAGCGACGAAAACAGAUGACGAUUUAUUGAAAUCAACUUUAAUUUACCACAGACAAACAGCUGGUAAAAUAAACAAUCCUAGAAAAUCCACUGAUAUCCAGAAUUUAUCAGAAAUCUCAAAAACAGAGGAAGCUCACCAAAGUAGGCCUAUAUCGGAACAUCCAAUGCACGGAAGAGAGAUAAAUCUAUCCAGUGAUGCACCAGAAAUUCCCAAGGUUGAUAUUCCCGAUGACCUAAAAAAUAAAAGUCCACCCAGACAGAUGGGUGCAUUGGCAACAAGUGAUUUUGUAGUUAGAGUUAAAAUUAAGCAGACGCGAGUUCGGCCAUCUUGUCACGGGUUCAGAACGUUUCCCGCGUCUUGUUUUAUGUUGAUUCGGUUUGAUAAAAGGUGUCCCAGUGAUUUGAUUCAUCAGCUGCUAAACAAAGGAUUAAUUAUAAAGGAAAAUGGACAAGAAAAUCAUUUUGCUUUUUUUGGAUACACAAGGAACCAGAUUUACAGCAGCGAGAAGGAGUGUUAUCUGUAUAACCAAUCACAGCUCGGUAGCCAUGACGACGUUAUUCAAACAUUCGGUGAUUUAGGGCAAAUUGAAAGUAUUUCCAAACGGAGCUUGCGUAUUGGUUUGUUAUUCUCGAAUGUCGUCUGUCAGAUCGAAAUCCAAGAGAACCAAAUUAAAAUCGUUGAUGAUGUAGAACGAAAUAAUUUUAUUUUUACCGAGGGUUGUGGCUGUGUUUCAGAAUCGUUAGCACUGAGACUUUUCCACUCCCUUGGCAAAAACCAGCAGAUUUAUAAACACCAGAAACCCGAAUGUCCGUCUGUGUUCCAAAUUCGUUUAAAGGGUUUUAAAGGGACAGUUGUUGUUGAUAAAUCUCUGGCCCCUGAUAUGCUCAAUAUUAGAAAAUCGAUGGUCAAAUUUGAAUUUAAUCCGAAAGCUAUUCUCCUUGGUUUCGUAUCACAUGGAAUAUCCUGGCCGUACAACUACGGGCACCUGAAUCAACAGUAUAUUAACAUUUUAUCGGACCUAGGAAUCCAGCGUCACGUUUUCCUGGAAAAACAGGAGCAAUAUUAUGCAGAAAUCCAAAGGGAUUUUAAUCUAGAGCCCUAUCUGGCCUUGAAGUAUUUGGCGAUGAUGAAAAGACCGGAAUUAAUCGAGGACUUCGUUGUUAAUGGAAAACUAAGUGAUCAAGCAAUUUCAGUUUUGACGAAGCUGCGUAAAAGAGCCUUCAUGUUGGAGAAGUCAUCUGGUACAGAGGAAGGAAUCAACUAUAAAUACAGCAAAGCGGGGAAGUUAAAUUUUCCGAUAGAGAAUUCCCGUAACGUGUUCGGAGUUUGUGAUAUCUCGGGGACGCUAAAACCUGGGACGUGUUUCUUCCAGCCAACUGUUCUAGGAACAGCCAAGAUUAUAACUGGUCGGGUGAUUGUUGUCAAGUCUCCAUGUUAUCACUCUGGUGAUUUAAGAAAGCUGAAUUGUGUUGAUAACCAGAAAUUACGACAUUUGGUGGAUUGUGUCGUUUUUCCAACUCAAGGAGAGCGACCAGUAUCAGAUGAGAUAGCAGGAAGUGAUUUAGAUGGUGAUAAGUAUUUUAUAUGUUGGGAUAAGGACCUUAUACCAGAACGAACACAGCAGCCAAUCUCUAACGUAACACCACAUUCUUCAAAGUCGACACCAAAACAACUAGAAUCACCAAAACCAGUUGGGCAGACCGACAUGAUCAAAUUCUUCUCGGAGUUUGAUAAUUCUAAGAUCGGAAAAUUCGACAAAGAUUUUAAUGAUUUGGAAUUUGAUUCUCCUGAAGCCAGAUUGAUGGCAAGUACACACGGAGAGAUGAUUGACUCAGCUAAAACGGGCAGCACUAGUUCAUCAGUACAUUCUAAGACGAAUCAAGUUGGAAAUCAAUCGAACAGUGUGAUCGAUCAGUUGAUGGAGAAUGCCAAGAGAAACAUCGAGAUGUUUUACAGCAACGAACAUGAGAUAACCAAAUCUGACACCCAAAAUGAUCAUCAUUCUCUGUUAACAGAGAAAGAGAUGGACCGUUUCCUGUCCAACCCGAAUCUUGCAAUGAGCGACUUCGAUUUGUACCGGAUUAUUUACAAAUGGUGCAUUUAUCGGGAACGACAAGAAGAUUUACAAACCUGGUGUGAACGGUUUGUUGAUUUUACAAGAUUUACGGAGCAUCAGCGAUGGUUGGCUGAAGUAGAUUGUCCUGGAGACAUACUGGACAGGAACAUAAUUUAUAAUGGAUUGUCAAAAUCAGAAGUGCUGAGUCCAGCACACAGAGCAAAGAUCCAAAACUUUCACCGGGUGAGCUGGUGUAAGAUGGCGGAGAUGCGACAGGAUGAUUUCAACUGGAAAUUUCUUGUGGAUGAAUUGACCUCGGAUCGUUUAAUACUGAUUGCGUUCCCUAUUCAACGGGGAGAUGGUGGUGUUUGGAAAGUGUCCAUGCUUUUUCCCGGAUACUUGCGAAAACACACGUCCACGCAUUCUCCCAUGUCAGCAUUCAUAUCUCUAAGAGAUGGCGGAGACGAGAAGGACAUUUGUUCUGAUUACGAGGUCAUUCUGCACCCAGAUCGAUUGCAGAUGUACCCCAGAGGAACUAAUAAACAGAGCACCUUCAUCAACCUGAUGAUGCUGGAUACUAAUGAAACUGUCGUCAGCAUCGCCCUACAGAGGUUCUCUCGACCAUUGUUUGAAAAACACAGAGAUUCCAAAAUACAGAAAGAUGUGAUUGGGAAAUGUGAAUUGUUCUGUGGUGUGAUGGAUAUUCGUGAUGGACCGGUGCUGUAUGUUCGGGAUAUAGGUAGAUCUGAGAGAGCUAUUAACAAAUCGGACGCUACAGAAAGCUUUAACGAAAGUCACAAAGCUUCUUUGAACAAACGAACUGGUAUAACAAAUACUAAUGAAAAGCCGGGUCACAGGAGCAACGCUACUAAACUAGCUCCUGGAGAUCCUGGAGCUUCCUUUAGCACACAACAUGCACAAGAAAAAGGUUUUGAUUAUGUUGAGAGACUUUGUAAAGAUAUCGAUAAGGAGAUGGACAAGUCCGGAGAAACAGAAAAGGCUGUAAAACACACGAGUAGUAAAAUUGGUCAGUUGAUUUCACUGAUGGGAGAAUCAGAGCUACAGCUAUCACAGCACAUAGCGAAAAGACUACAACACUAUCUAUGGAAGUAUCAAAACUUGAGGUUGCGUCCUGAUGAUUUUUAUAAAGUCUUUAUUAUACUAGUCUCUUCAACAACCAGAACUAAAGGGGGGAUGUACCGCAAAGUUUCAAGGUAUUUAGAAGAAAUUGACUCAAAGGGAAUUUAUCUCAGUUUGCAGAAUUAUUUGGAUUUCUUGGAUUACGUCAUUUAUCUGGAGAAUUGUAAUCCUGACGUCAUAAAUCUCCUUAAAGAAAUUGAAAUAGGAUUGUUUCCAAUAGCAACAAAUGAAUUCUACUCCCUUCACGCUAAACUUUACUUUUUAAAAUGGACAAGUCGAUUGACUGUUGAAGCUGUAAGGGACGCCAACAGAUGUGAAAUGAUGGCUUGUAUGAGGAUAAGCAAUAAACAUAUUUUAACUGCCGAGGCGUCGUACGCCGGAGUAGGCCUUCUGAAUCUGAAUACAGCUCACAAGAAAGAUACUUCACCAGAGUUUCUUGUUGGUUCUGGAGUGGUUUUGACACAAGUACCCAAGCCGUGUCAGACAAUUUAUAACCGAUUUUAUGGAGAGGUCGUCCAGUGCUCACCAAAAUGUUUGACGGUGAGGGUUGAUAAAACGACGGAUGCUAGGAAGAAUGUAGAAACAGUAGAACUGACCGAACUGUCCGGACAGAUCCUACAGAUUGAAGACUUCCCUAAUUUAUCCUGGUACAGAAAACAAGUAGAAGCUUUGAAAAUAGUCUGUUGUCAUGAUUCUGUUUAUCAAAAUAUUAAGACUUCGGGGUUUCCUCCCCUUGCUUCACCUCGGCUUCCAGAUUUAUGUCCAAUAGCACCCGGGAUUUUCCCCAUUAAACCGGACUCUGGCGAUGAUGGGUUGGAUGCCCAGGAUGCUACAUCUUGUCAUGUUAGUGGCAUAAAUUCUAUAUUGCAUAAUCAGCAAAUCGGACCGGUGCCUUCUCAGGGACGUCAUGAUGUAAGUUUCAAGAGCAAUGGUCGUCACGUCAAGGAUGUCCACAAGGAAAUUGACCAGAAGAAUCUUGAUGACUCACAAAGAGCAACUGUUGCAGAUGCACUAACUCGUCAAGUAUCCAUCAUCAAUGGAGCUCCAGGUACCGGUAAAACGCGGACAUUAGUUGAAAUAGUUUAUCUUUUGAUGCAUCAGGAUCCUAAAGAAAGAGUUUUGGUAUGUUUCAAGGCAAAUUCCGGUAUAAGACAUUGCAGCCGUUUGUUGUGUACACGCGGGGUUGGGGAGUCUGAUAUGGUUUGGGUUUCAAGGGAUGUCGUGGGUACUGCAGAAGAAGACAAGUUGUUGUUACAGAAUCGUUGCCGGAGUAAAUCGCCCAAAAAUAUCGACAUAAAAACAACUCAUAAAGAUUUUCUUGGUCAAUCUAAGUUGGUAUUGUGUAAAUAUGAAGAUGUUGGUAUGGAUAUUCUAUAUGAAGAGAAGUUUGAUCAUGUCCUGUUAGACGACAUCAACCUCGUGAACGAACUGUCAGUGUUAUUACCAGUACUGCAUGGUUGUAGCUCUGUCUGUUUUGUUGGAGAUGUUUCUGGUAUCGGAGAUAAACAAGGAAUAACGUCAACAAUCUUUAACCGGUUUCAAGAGGAGGGAAGAUGUUUUAAAAACUUGACAUUUCAACACAGAAUUCCACUGGAAAUCUGGGAGUUUGUUGGCAAGACAUUUUAUCCUGGCGUCAGCUGUUUAUCACAUGACAGAACUAGACCACGUGGUUUUCCUGUUUGUCGCGUUAAUAAUCAGAAUCGUCUUAUUUUUAUCAACGUCCAGGGUCGUGAAGAUUGUUUAACUAAUGAGAAGGAAGUGGAGAAGAUAUUGGAUGUUUGUAGAAGUUUGAUAAACUCUGGUGACAUCAGUCCAGUAGAUGUUGGAGUGUCGUCAAUAUAUCAACAACAGAUAGAUCUAGUCCACGAUAAACUGGUGAAGGAUCUGAAGAAAUGUGGACAGGCAAACAAGGGGAUGAGGUUACUGGAUGUAAAAUGUCUGGACGAGUUCCAUGGUUGUGAGAAAGACGUUAUGAUAUUUUCCUGUGUCAAGACAAAGGGGGAACUUGGGCCAGAUUUUAAUGAGAAUAUGUUAAAACAUUUACUGGCGUCUUCAACUAGAGGUGUGGUUAUUAUUGGUUGCUAUGAUACGAUGAAUACAUCUGAUCUCUGGUCCAACUUCCUGACCUGGAUGGAGCAGAAACAUAUGGUGUUAAACAAAUCAGUAUCUGAACAAUCCUCCCGAUCCAAACGAACACAGUCUUCCGGGAAAUACCAUUCGAGAUCGGGUCAAGCUAGGGGAAUUGAUAAAGAUGAACAAUUAUAUUCUAGAAGUAGUCAUUCAAGAAACGGUUUUCAGCAACCAAAGGGCGCUGCGCAACAAAGGGAUGCAUGGAAAGGACAGGGCGGUUUUAGACCUACAACUGAAGGGACUUUUCCUUCCAGUCAAUCUCAUCAAAGCAAAGGACAUCCCAUCACCAGUACUGGAUCAUCGAGUAAAGACGGUACAUCAUCACGUACUGGAUCAUCGAGUAAACACAUUGAUCAAUCACCAUGGUGUAACGUGGGUAGAAAUGGGCAAAGCAGAAGUCAAAGAAAAGAAGAGUCCAGUGACGAUUCAUGGACGGUUGUAGCCAAAUCAAAAUCCAAGAAAAGAUAAUAAUGUCUGGUUUAACAACCAUACGAUUAGAAACUAUUUACAUUCUGGUUUUCAUAUCAUAAUUUAUAUAAAUAUAUAAUUAGUAUUCUACACUCCCCUCCUCCGCUGGUUUUCUUAAGAGCACGCGCGCUGUAUCAUACGGUCUGUCAUUGAGUCAACUGGCGUGGUUUCGAAUCCCCGGUUGUACGUGACAAGAGUAGGGUCGUCUGUCCAACCUCGUGGGUUUUCUCCGGGUCCUCCCACUGCUAAAGACCCCUACGCACAUGCGAAUUAUUGAAAUAAAAUUAAACCAUAUGUUAGUCCCGAAAUGACCUAGUUUGUGUCGAGUGGACGUUAAACCCCAUUUCUCUCUCUCUCUGGCUGUCUUAAGACACUGCUAGUCAAGAACGUGUUUAUUUUACCAACAAAAUUUGGAAUCCUUAACAAAUCUGCAAUCUUUCUCCCCACGCCUCCCAAAAACUCUUUAAAGGCAUCAAAGAUUCGCCGACUGGACAAAGGAAAUGAAAUGGAGUUUAACGUCUUAUUAUUCUGCUCCGAAUGGGCUAAUGAAGACGGGCAUUCGCCAUACAGUGUGCUAUGAAGGACGUAUAUGUCCGGAGAGCGGCGCUAUGACCCACUAAAUCGAAUUCCAACUGCAAACGGAUCUUUUACGUACAUGCCAAUCUAUUCACGGGACAUCGGUUUUACGUCCCAUCCUAAUGAUUAGAUAGCUGUCCUUGCCAGGACCCCCAUCGGUCCAGUGGAGGGGGGGGGGAGCAGACUGAACAAAUGGUCACCUUUCCUUCAAAUUGACAGACAUAUAAUAUAUAUUCUCGUUUAUUUUAAUAACUUAGGAAUAGAUAAGGGUACUUUUUUAAAAUGCUUAGUUGAUUAUUUAUUAGCCCCUGCCUACCUCUCAAUAGCAUUAAAUACUCGCUUGUGUUGGUAAAAUAAUUUGACAGAUAAAUAAUAUUUGGGUUUUUUUAUUAUUCAAUAAAAAAUGAUGAUAAUUAAUAUUAUAACAUUUGACAACAUUCUGUGAAAAAUAUAAAACAUUUAAAUAAAUACGAUUUACCUCGC